AUGUUGAAGGAGUUUGAGAUGAGUAAUCUUGGACUACUCUCAUACUACCUUGGUGUCGAGGUAGACCAAAAGAAAGAUAACAUCGAGUUGAAGUAUGAAACUUAUGCGAAGAAGGUGUUGAAACAGUUCUUAAUGGAGGAUUGCAACCCGAGCAAAAAUCCAAUGAAAGCAAAGUUACGACUCAGAAAGGAUGUGGAAGGAAGCUUAGUAGAUCUGAAGGAGUAUAAGUGUAUUAUCGGGUGUUUCAGUUACUACAACGUCGUGUCAAGGACUUUGGCUGAGAAACUUUUUGAGUUAGGUGCUAGGAUGCGAGCCGAGACCGGUAACCCUCUAUGUCGACAACUAGUUCGCAAUAGCAUUAAUGAAGAACCUGAUGUUUCAUGGACGCAGUAA